AUGUCAUACUCGACAGUGCUGUUUCCUGAAUCAGCAGACUCACUCCAGUCUUUCCUCCAGGCCUUGAGGAAAGUCGACUCGUCGCGCAACUCCCUACAAGCACACCGUUCUGUAGAGAUUCGGAUCUUGGACGUCGCCAAGAUUCACCUCGAUACAAUCUUUGUGACCGUUGAGCGACAUCUCCUUCGCAAUCAUGACGAUGUUCAGACCAAAUUUGGUGGUGGGCCGAAUGGACUCUGGGGGAAGACCGGGAAGUCGGUAGAAGCCAAGAAGUACUCGAAAAGGGCUGCAGCCGAUGCUGAACAACGUCUCACUGUAGCCGUUCGCGAAGCAUUGGGAGCUCAGCGUAUUGUGCAUAUUGGAGACGUGCUGCCCAUUCCACUCCCUUCUCAUCCCAUAACUUAUGCCCCUCCACUCCCUGCGCGGAUCUUAUUCUGCGAGCCCGUUUCGCAAGGCUUACUGAUAUCGACGACAAAGAUCGUGCUUGUCCAGGCUCGACCUUAA